UUCAACACGACCAAGAUCUCAUUUGAUCUGAGAGGGUUCUCUCAAUCUAUCGCAUCAGAAUUCGCACCAUGCAAGAUAUAGCAGUGUACUGCUCGUGGUCUGAUGCGCAACUGACAGAAGACGCGAGACUUCCGGCCGAACUUCGAUCCAUAAUCCUUCGAUCAACUGGAUCAGAGUAUUUCCAGACACUCGCCAACGCGGCGACGACAUCACCACAAUAUGCAGACAUAUUGUUUCCGCUGUACAAACCACUUUACCCAGAGCUUGUGGCACGAUGGACGACGUUCACCUCAACACCACCCGUCAGUGAACUCGUCCACUCAAUUUCAUGUCUAGCCCGGUUACUACCUUUUGCCACGUAUCUUCGUCGCCAUGUCAGAGAUGUCAUACUUUCGCAAUCCUUGUUCACGCGGUUACGUGAAGCAGAAGGCACUUCAUUCCAAGUUGAUGACCAAGACUUGCAGUCACUACUACUCGCCUUGUUUCGCGUUCUGUCCUUUGACCGAGACCUCCUCGCCGAGACUGCUGCUCCCACAUAUCUGUCGUCGUUCCUUUACCACUCAUCACUGCCAAUCCGAUACAUGGCCAUCCAAUGCCUUUGCUUGGUGAUGCAUUUUGCAGAUGAUUUUGCCGAGCAAAUGGUCGAAACGUAUAUCGGCAAAGACCCAAUCUUGGGUGACUGGGAGACCAGACAAAUCGACUACCGAAUACUGAAGAUUUGGGAGGAGUAUCGAUGGAAGGAGCAAUCAAAAGCAUUGACAGACGUGGAAAGUCGACUCCAAAAAGCUGUGCCCUUAACCCAGGUACGGACUUUACACGCCAGUGAUCUUAGCCCGACAACUGCAAGUCUUGGAGGCGUGCUCCUACCUCGAGCGAGCGUGCUCGAGUCGUCGAAUUCAAGCUUCGUCCUCACCUCCACCGCAACAAGAAAUCUACAGCAAGUCGGCCAAUGUCUGCUGACAGAAAAGCCGGUUCUGCUCUCUGGUCCACCGGGCUCAAGCAAAACUGCCGUCGUACACGAAGCGGCCAGGUUGCUGAACAAGCUGUCAACGAUGAUCACUCUACAUCUGAAUGAACAGACAGACGCGAAGAGCUUGUUAGGGGUCUACACCUCCUCUCCGGAUGGCGAUUCUUUCACCUGGCAGGCCGGGGUUCUGACGAAGGCAAUCCAGCAAGGACGAUGGGUAUUGAUCGAAGAUAUUGACCGGGCUCCAGCCGAGGUCAUGGGCGUGCUUCGUCCUAUCCUUGAAAAUGGUGAAUUGUUUCUGCCCAGCCGCAAGGAGACCAUCCGGCCCAAAGACGGAUUUCGCAUUCUUGCCACCAUCAAGUCUUCAGGUCGCUCAUCCCCUCUGACGGCCGGCUCGCGGCAGUCCUGGCUUUUGAACCCUCGGCUAUGGUCCAUAGUUGAGGUCGCCACCUACGACCCGUCCGAAAUCGAGGCCUUGCUACGCUCGAGAUACUCUGCUGCCGAUAUCUUCCUUUCUACGGUUUUGGAGGUCCACAAGCAAAUUUCAGAACUGUAUAGUGACGACACGCGUUUCAAGAGCUUGCAAACAAGGUCGCCUUCCCUGCGAGACUUGCUGAAGUGGACACGACGGAUAGUGCGGAGGCUUCCUGACUCUGAACAGGUGUCAGCCUCGAAACCUCUAGCGCAAGCGACGAAAUUCCACAUCUUCAAAGAUGCGGUUGACUGCUAUGCUAGCUAUAUCAGCGACGAUGAGCUCCAUGACGUUGUAGCUGCCUCUAUAGCUCGGGAGAUGGGAAUCUCGCCGCAGCAGAUGCGGCAUUGCUUGGAUGAAGGAUUUGGAAACAUUUCAGACAGCGGUAAUGCCAUCCAGAUCGGUCGAAGCACACUCCACAAAGUAGCAAGCCGUCGGCGACAGCCUCAGAAAACACCAUUUGCGCUCACGAGAUAUGCUCAACGAACACUUGACCGCAUUGCCGCCGGUGCAAGCUGUUCAGAACCUUGUCUCCUGGUGGGCGAGACAGGUGUGGGGAAAACUACUCUAGUCCAGCACAUUGCAAACCUCGUGAGUCAGAAACUUACUGUUGUGAACCUAUCGCAGCAGAGUGAGGUCAGUGAUCUUCUAGGUGGGUUGAAGCCCGUGACCACACGUUCGAUCAUUUUGCCUCUAGUCGAAACGUUCCACUCCUUGUUUGACGACACGUUCUCAUCCAGGAGGAAUGAGAAGUUUCAAAUAGCAAUUACAAAAGCAGUUACGAAGCAGAACUGGUCAAGGUUGAUGAUCUUAUGGAACGAAGCCAUUCAGCUUGCGGCCGAUUCGCUGGCGACAAUUUCAGACUCACCCAGACCCGACGAUCCUCUUCGUGCCGCGAAGAGAAGGAAGCUUGCAACGCCCAAGUACGAUGCUUUGCGCAGCAGGUGGGCAGAAUUUGAAGAGAGUUGCAAGAAGAUUCGUUCACAGGUCGAACAUGGGGACAAGAACCAUACCUUUGCCUUUGUUGAAGGGCGACUCGUGCGGGCGGUCCGAGAAGGGGAGUGGGUUCUGCUUGAUGAGAUAAAUUUGGCAACAGCAGAUACACUUGACUACAUUGUAAGUCUCCUUCACAAUGGUGACGAUGAGAGACCCUCACUUCUUCUCGCCGAAGCUGGGAGCAUCGAGACGAUCAUCGCGCAUCCAAAUUUCAGAAUUUUUGCUGCUAUGAACCCAGCCACAGAUGCUGGAAAGAAGGAUCUUCCCUCAGGCCUGCGGUCUCGCUUCACGGAAAUCUACGUCCCUUCUGGCGACAGUAGCCUGGAAGACCUCACGAAGAUAAUUCAGUCAUACCUGGGAAGCCAGCUUGACAACGAUAAACGUGCGGCGCAGGAUCUGGCUAAGACCUACCUUGAUCUCAAGAAGCUCAACCAGGAGCACAAGUUGACAGAUGGAGCCGGCGAUGUUCCUCACUUCAGUAUCCGAUCCCUUGUCCGCUGCCUGUUGUACGUCCUGCAACAUAGCGCAAGCCACGGACUGAGGCGAGCCAUGUUUGAAGGCUUUGCAAUGAGCUUCUUCACGGUGCUCAGCAGAGCGUCCGAAACCCUGGCUCUUCCGUGCCUCGAAAAGCAUCUUCUAUCUAACGUCAAAAACCGGAAAUCUUUCCUCAGCCAGCAGCCCAAGAUGCCUUUUAAUGGAGAAGAAUUCAUUGCCUUCAGACACCAUCUUGUAAAGAAAGGACCAAUGAGUCCUGAUUUCCAGCCUCACUACAUCAGAACUCCUUCGGUGGAACGCAAUCUUCUCAAUCUGGCCCGAGCCGCAUCGAUGCGCCGCUUCCCGAUACUUCUCCAAGGUCCUACUUCCGCUGGAAAGACCAGCAUGGUGGAGUAUCUCGCAAAGCUGUCUGGCAACAAAUUCGUCAGAAUCAACAAUCAUGAACAUACCGACCUCCAAGAGUAUCUCGGCAGCUACGUCUCUGAUGCCGAUGGAAAGCUACAAUACCGGGAAGGUGUGCUUGUGGCCGCUCUCCGACAGGGCCACUGGAUCGUACUGGACGAACUGAAUCUGGCUCCUAGUGAUGUCCUGGAGGCACUGAACCGCCUGCUUGACGACAAUCGAGAGUUGUUGAUACCCGAGUCUCAAGAAAUUGUUCGACCACAUCCCAACUUCAUGCUUUUUGCGACACAAAAUCCUGCUGGACUCUAUGGUGGACGAAAGCGCCUUUCACGUGCCUUCAGAAAUCGCUUCCUUGAACUUCAUUUCGACGAUAUCCCCGAAGAUGAGCUUGAGAUUAUCCUACGAGAACGAGCACAGAUUGCCCCUUCCUUUUGCACUCAAAUUGUCGCUGUGUACAAAAAGCUUUCGCUGCAGAGGCAAUCUUCGAGACUGUUUGAACAGCGGAACAGCUUUGCGACUUUGAGAGAUUUGUUUCGAUGGGCGUCAAGAACCGUGGAUGAUAGGCAGCAGCUUGCCAAUCAUGGGUUCAUGCUCCUGGCUGAAAGAGUAAGAGAACCCGCCGAGCGUGCCGUUGUAAAGAAGACUAUUGAAGAGACCAUGAAAGUCGCCAUUGAUGAGAGCGUGCUGUACGGGCUACCAGCGAUACCCAAUAGCGUACAGCAAUCCAAUGGAGUUGUCUGGACCUUAGCUAUGCGAAGGCUCUUCGUCCUGGUCUCCCAAGCUCUGAAGCACAACGAGCCUGUUCUGCUUGUUGGCGAAACGGGAUGCGGAAAGACGCAAAUCUGUCAAGUCAUUGCGGCGGCCUUCGAUCGACCUCUUGACAUAUACAACGCCCACACAAAUACCGAAACCGGCGAUCUCAUUGGCUCUCAACGACCUGUCCGAAACCGGUCUGAGCUGGAGUUGCGCAUUCGAAAAAAUUGGCAAAAAUUGAUCGAUCCGCAGAGGAAUGGGCUCUCGAUCGAGGAACUCGAUGUUGAUCAAUUGAUACAGCGAUUCUCUACCAUGGAUGUUUCGACCUUUGAGCCUGAGGCCGUGGCACGGACACGUGCAAGUAUCGGAGCAUAUCAGGCCCUGUUCGCCUGGGGUGAUGGGAGCCUUGUCAGAGCUAUGAAGACAGGCAAUCAUUUCUUGCUGGACGAGAUCUCACUAGCUGAUGACUCGGUCCUAGAACGAUUGAAUAGCGUCCUCGAGCCGUCAAGAACCAUCCUGCUUGCAGAGAAAGGCUCCAUGGACAAUCUUGUUGUCGCUCAUCCAAGUUUCCAAUUCUUGGCGACGAUGAAUCCGGGUGGUGAUUAUGGCAAACGAGAAUUGUCGGCUGCUCUUCGAAACCGAUUGACAGAGAUCUGGGUUCCUCCUUUGUCACAAGAAGCGGACAUUCUGCCGAUCGUCCAAAACAAGCUGGCUUCAAACCAGGAGGACGUGGCGCGAGGCAUGCUAACAUUCGCGACCUGGUUUCGCCAAACAUUUCACAACGUUGCCUCGGACGUUGUUUCUCUCCGCGAUUUGCUGGCGUGGGCAGAAUUCAUCAACCGUGCCUUGUCCCUAGGGGCUAAAGUUGCAUUCAUCCAAGGAGCUUUCAUGAUCUAUGUCGAUUCUAUCGGAGCCAAUCCUGCUGGCAUGACUUCGACGGGUGCAAUGGACAUCCACGAUUCGAGACGUAAAUGCUUAGAGCAGCUCCAAAGCCUCGCGACCGUUGACGUCUUCAGGCACUAUUUCGAGACUCCCAAGCUCGAAGCUGCCGACAAUGCUCUUGCGAUUGGGCCCUUUUCCUUGCCUCGAACCCGGAAAGGGAUCGACGAUAUGCCGGACCUGGUUUUUGACGCUCCGACAACUUUGCAGAAUACCAUGAGAAUUGUACGUGCUCUACAGAUGGCCAGGCCGAUCCUUCUUGAAGGUAGUCCAGGUGUUGGCAAGACUGCGAUUGUGACAGCUUUGGCCCAAGCCUCAGGCAGACAAUUAACCCGCAUCAAUCUGUCGGACCAAACAGAUCUCAUGGAUUUGUUCGGUGCAGAUGCACCUUCUGAAACCGAACAGAUGGGCAAAUUCUCCUGGCAGAACGGACCUCUACUGGAAGCUAUGCAGAGUGGCGGCUGGGUUCUCCUAGACGAGAUGAACUUGGCCUCUCAAUCUGUCCUGGAAGGCUUAAACUCUUGCCUGGACCACCGAAGAGAAGUUUACAUCGCUGAGUUGGACAAGUCUUUCACUUGUCACCCCGAAUUUACAUUGUUCGCCGCUCAAAAUCCACACCAUCAAGGCGGUGGAAGAAAAGGUCUGCCGGCGUCUUUUGUGAAUCGAUUUACCGUGGUGUACGCCGAUGCUUUCAAACAGGAGGAUCUUAUUUGCAUCUGCCAGCGCAAGUUCCCUAGCGUUCCUGCGGAUCAGCUCAAGGGCGUGGUUGAGACGGCUACACAGAUCGAUCAACUCGUCUCGCAAGCGCCACCGUUCAGUCAAGGAGGCCCUUGGGAGCUGAAUCUUCGUGAUGUCAGUCGAUGGUUGGCGCUCUGCGAGACACAGCCUACACUCCCUGCGUCAGCUCACUUUCGCACUAUUGUGACAGGACGAUUUCGCACAACUUCCCAGAGAGACUUGUCUCUCAAGGUCUGCGAGAAUGUGUGGCAGUCACCAUUUCUGGAGAACUUUUACACAUGCAUAUCAUCGACGUCUUUGCAAGUUGGAACCGCGUUUCUUGCCAGAGAUGGUAUACUCCAACGAGCCAAAGGAUCCAACGUGACCGUUGCCGUCUCACAUCUGCCUCCAGCAAAUUCAGUGAUUACGGCAGUCAACAGCAACUGGCCAGUGAUCCUGAGUGGACCUCCUGGCUCUGGCAAGACAACCCUUGUUCAAUCGCUUGCAGCUAUGUGCGGUAUCGAACUUGUUGAAUUCUCGAUGAACGCCGAUGUGGACACUAUGGACCUUGUUGGCGGCUUUGAGCAAUAUGAUGUCCGCCGAGAGAUCGUGGAUUUUCAGCGCAGAGUGAGAGAUGCUCUUCGGCAAAGAAUUGCACUUGCAAUGGGACCACAAUCUCCCAACAGAAACCAUGCAUACCUGCUCGGCUUGUGGCAAAAGUUAGAUUCAGAUGAGGCGAAACUUGACGACCUCUCACGACUUUUGCCUACUUUAUCGGGACUCCUACCGGACUUUGCCAGCUCCAUCGAAGCGUUUUCCAAGCUGCUGAGCUCGGCCGACAAUAUGCGGUCGCGUUUUGUAUGGAAUGACGGCAUCCUUGUUGAUGCUGUUGAGAAAGGCUGCUGGCUAGUUCUCGACAAUGCGAACCUCUGCAAUCCAUCCGUACUCGAUCGACUCAACUCGCUCCUCGAACCAAAUGGACUGCUCGCAGUAAGCGAGCAUCACAAUGCCGGCAACACCAGAGUUAUCAAGCCGCAUCCCAACUUUCGCAUAUUUUUGACGAUGGAUCCUCGAUAUGGAGAGCUGUCACGAGCUAUGCGUAAUCGCUCCUUAGAGAUCUCUAUGCCGGUUCUUAGCGACGACGACUUCGGGCCACAUCAGAUUCAGUACCCAUAUACAUCCUCCGUUGCUCGGCUGAGGCAGCUAUCCGAAGCAUCUUGCGAAAGUUUCAAACCUGAAGCCAUUGAGGCAUUUGUCGACAACCUCUCCGCUAGAGAAAUGACACUCUUUCAUGGCCAUGAACCCGCUUUACCUGGCACUGAGAUCCUCGAGAAGGAGGUAUCCAUCCGAAAGAGCUUCGACUUCACUGAGGCUUACCGGUUGUCAUGCUUGUCCACAAACGUGGUGCACUCAGAUCUACCGCAGCUCGUAGCACUCAACGAGCCUUUGAUCCAACUCCAGCGCCCCCUUGCCGGGAGAAUUUGGUUUUUCACAACGGCGGAACUGUUUACGCGAACAUGGUAUGUCACUCGACAGCUGGCCGAGAUCGAGGAUGGUCUCAAGGCCGCGAGGAAUCGUACACGCACCGUUCCUGCCAAAGAAAGAACUGUCCUUGAGAAGUCUUCUGCCGCCAUGGCAGGUCAGUCGAAACUCCCCGCAGACGUACCUCACGUCUACGCCUUUGCCCAAACUUUUAUCUCCAAGCUCGCAACGGCUUUUCCAGCAGGAUUGGCAGACCCGCAACUACUGGUAGCUAUCGAGCAUAUUCUCGCACUGGUGAGGUAUAUGAUGUUCGUUUCAAAUGUCAGAUCGUUGGACUCUGCACAUCUAAAUGCCACUGUGCAGAUUGGAACGGACAUUGUUCGUCAUGUGCAGGCUAAGUUCCCUGACUUGGCGGCUCUUUUCCAGAAGUCCCUGGCAGUGGUAUCGGCUCAGGACCAUACACUUACAACCGGGUUGGGGCUUCAGCUCAUGUGGCCACUAUUUCAGCCGAAGACAGCACGAACAGAAUUGCAACUGGAAACACAAGUAGCUCUCGAAGAACUCAUUGCCAGAUUUGACCGGGUAUGUCAGUCUCUGGCUCAAUCUCGAGCGUCGCUGUCCGCCUUGAGGUCCAAGCUGCAGCAGGCUUAUGCUUCUAUCCUGGACUCCGAUCAAGCGCCGACAUUACUGGGCCCUCUUCAAGCAGCUGUUGCGGACCUUGAAAUGCAGUCGCUUGACGGCUUCGUGCUCGAGGGGAAAUUCCAACAUGUGAUGGAUUACAUUCAUCAAAUUGUCACUCUCCAAGGACGCGAUGCAGAUCGCGCCGAGCUGGAAUUGGUGGCAAUGUUCACGAAAAGCGCACGAAGAGCCUUGCUGCCCACUUCAACGGAUCUUGAAGUACCACUCUGUCUCAGUCAGCUUGCUUCGCUGGAUACUUCCAUGCUGUUCCAUCAGAACUCGAUCGGAGUCGACCUCGUGGUGAAAAUGACCUCGGUGCAAGAGCAGCCCCUUGGUAUGCUCGCCCAUGCCAAGGAAGAGUUGUCUUUGGUGGUACGAGAAUUGACUUCUCACACGAAUGCCUUCGAUGGCUGGAUGAAACCCUUGUUUGCAAAUCUUGGCAUUGUGCUCUUCGGCAUACUGCACGCUCACUCGGAACUUCUGACUGAGCAGGCCAAGUCAUGUUUAUCUCAGGGCGGCUGGGUUGAUGUUGUCCAGCUUGCGCAGGUACCUCGCGACAACGCCGUCCUGACCGGUCACGGUCAGGGUUACUUCGCUGAGAUCUAUCACAAUUAUAUCUAUGAGAGCGUGGUCUCGCUUGCUCAUGGAGAUCAUACUGUGCCAGAAGAGCUUGCAAGGUGUCUGAUCAGUUUGUCCCUCGCUGGUCUCAAAUUGAUGGUACCAGACAGAACCAUGGAUCCGGCUAUCUACCCAAACGUCGCGUUCCAACUGCACCAAAGAAGACUCAAUGAGGUGGAGUCUAAGAUCCAAGGCCAAGUUGAAUUUCACCACCGAACUAUGGGACAAGAAACAAGCAUGGUGAUUCGGAUCUUGCAAAAUGCACUUCUUGCUCUUGGGAGUGUUCCACCACCACCGGAGGUACUCAGGCCGGGCAAGUCAGAGCUCAGUAAACUCCAGGAGAUAUUCACGAGGAUUGCUCAUGUUCUAUUGAAAGGUCAGCCAGCCACUGAGGACAACAUGAUCGGUUCAGAAUGGUUAAAGCAAUGGACGUCUGAUCAAGGCCGGCUGAACUUGCGGACGAUUACCGAGCGGCUCGAGAGGUCCAAUCGGGCUUACGAUGACUUUGUCAAACCGAUCCUCUGGUUCUUGAGGUGCCUCUCUCAGGGUCUGGAUCUUGUUCCACUACAAUCGACCGAACAGGGCGAUACUGGCGAUAUCGCAGAAGUCGUUCGUCGCACUCCGAUGCUGGGCGCAAGCCCUGUCAGCCUACAGUCAUGGACUGCACCGGUGAAUGAAAACUCCCGACCGUCCGCCAGGUUUCAGUGGCUCGAACACGUCGGCCUGACCAAGAGCUUAGUCCAAAAGGAUGAAAAUGGCGCCAGCAAAGACUUGAUUGCCGUUCUUGACCAGUUCUAUCUGGAAUGGAAGACUCGUUUGACAAAAGACCAAUUCGAAGCAGAGAGUCAAUCUCGGUAUUACGCGUAUCGUGGCGAUGGGGCCAAGGAAGAAGAAGCCGACAUUCAUGAAAUGCAGGAAAUGUUUCCAGCCUUUGAUGAGCAAAUCUCAGAGACAGAUGGUCUUGAGGCGAAAUAUGAUGCUCGCGCUGUCACAGUCAAGUUGGCUUCACUACAUCAGAAACUCUACACCGUGCAAGAUCCGCAGGAGACUAUGCAGAAGAUUAUCUUGGGCGCUCUCGAAGAGGUCGCAGCAUGCAAAAAGCGCGCCAGCGGCGGACAGUCCGAAUCCUCUUUCACAGAUCUCUUGCCUGCAAUUCUGCUCUUGAUGGAGAAAAAGGUGGCAGGAAUGGACGAGACAGGCCACACUCGACAACUCAACAUCUACAGCGAUUCAGAUGUUGCGGAAAGCGAGAAACUCUUCCAGAUGGUACGUCAGGUGCAAGUCCGAUUCACUGCUAUCGCACAAAGAUGGCCCGAACAUGCUGUCCCCGCAGAAACACUUUCUUUCUGCAAAGAAGUCCUGCAUUUGAGCAUCAGCGAUCCGAUCGCGAAGCUUAUGACCAAGACCGAGAAGCUGUACGAGAUAAUAUCACAGUGGCAGAGCGUCGCAAGCAGAGAAUGGUCCGUCACGCCACUUCUUGAUCAACUUACAUCUCUUAUAGUCAGCUGGAGACGCUUGGAACUGCUCUCUUGGUCCGGACUCCUUAACGAAGAGAAACGGAGGCAUGAGGAGGAUGCGCAAGCGUGGUACUUCAUUGCGUACGAGUCAGUGCUGCACAACUCUGGGAGACUGCUCGCCGAUGGCGAAGAUAUGCAGAUUCAUACUAAGGGACUCGCAAGAACUCUGGAAAGCUUCUUCAAGACCUCUACCCUUGGCCAAUAUUCUGCCCGUAUCAGGCUCCUCGAUGCCUUGAACGGCACUCUUGGGGAUAUUACAAGACAGGACAAAAACAUGCUUCCUAUUCACACUUGCGUCACCAACAUUAUCGAGCACUACCGGAGAUAUGAAUCUACUAUCGAGGCCUCGCUUCAGAGCGGUCGUGCUGGUCUCGAAACAGCCUUGAAAGACCAGAUCAAAAUGGCAAGCUGGAAGGAUACGAACAUCACUGCACUUCGGGACAGCGCGCGCCGAUCACACCACAAAUUGUUCAAGAUCGUGAAGAAAUAUCGUAGCCUCUUGAACCAAUCUGUCACAGUCUUUAAAUCCACCAGCCGACCAGCCGAAAUCACCGAAGCCACAGCUUCUUUCGAGCUCACCGAAGUCUCAUCGUCGUCGCACAGACUUGAAGCGGCGCAGAAGCAAUGCAGCGAGAAUCUUCCUGACUGGGACAAGCGACCCGACAGACUGACAAACACCCUCGGUGCAGCCAAGAGCAUGCGAUAUUUGUACAUGGGAGUCAAGAGUGAACUUGCAGUACACUUGGAGCUAGCCUCCUUCCGAGAAGAUCUGCAAGAAACCAUCAAGCAGUUGAGAUCCGAGACUCCUUCGACAUUGACAGAGGAGAACACUGCCAUGGUGCGUCAUCUUCAGGAGAGAAAGAGACGCCUCCUUGCGGACACCCUGAAAGCAGUCAUACAAAUGGGUGUUAGGAAGAACUUGCCGACCUCUGAGCUCGAAAAGCAGUCUUCGAGUGCCGUUGUUCUCGCCUCUUCGCCCAACCUCACAAUCGCUGAUCCGUCAUCGUCCAUUUCGCAUGCAAACGCCACCUUCCACGAAUUGCUCGAUAUCAUGUCCCAAGUCCGAGCGGGUCGGACUGGUCACUCGGACGACCUGACCGAAGGCGAGGUCGGGCGAAGUCUCGGUCUACUAGAAGGACUCCUCUCUGUCGUUCUCAAUCAACGCCAGACCAUCGCCUCGCUCGCUGGUAGUGUUUCCGACCUGAAAGGACAGCUGUCGCUUCUACACAAUUGUCUGACCUACGUACCCGAAGAGAUCUCACAGUCUUCGAUCUUCCAGGAAGAUUAUCAAGCGCUGUCUCGCCGUCUGGCCUGGCUGGCCGAGAUCCUAGUUUUGGCCUGCCAAAUCUUGAACUUCCAAACGCAACAUGCCAAGAUUGUCGUGCAGGAGUUAUUGGACAGCGUCAGAUCCUACAGCAACCGGUUCAAGGAGCUCCGAUCCAAACUGGAUGGCCUGCUCAUACUCCCACAUGGUUUGGUAAGUCACGAGGGCGAGACCUUGAAGGCCCAGACAGAACAGACACUAUCCGAACUUAGACAUUCCCUCGAGAAAUGGCAAGUCAAGGAGCCUCGCGUUGAGUUUGUCUUGCGACAGAUCAUGCCCUGGACCGAAGCGUCAUCUGUGGCUUCGAACGGCAAUCAGGAUGGGUCCCGGACUUUAGAUCUCGCGAGGUUUGAUGAGAGCCUCAGAACGAUUGCGGAUUUGAUUUUCGUCGCGCUGCAGAGAUUAUCUCCAGUCCAGAAAGAGAUGCCAAAUUCGAUCGAUGACCAAGGCUGGCUCAGCAAAACGGAAAAAUGCGCUGCUCAGGCAGUGCGGUCGAUGCAAGCCAGCUUCAUCUGCGAUGCCCUGAGAUCGCUGUUGGAGCAACUUCAUCAUUUGAGUCCGCAAGAUUUUAUUUAUGGAUGUCAUUUGCUUCGGGUGGCGUCUCCUAUCAUCGAACAAUACUUUUUCAUCCUGGAGCACUUACAUACGCAACAAAAGGCCGUUCAUCUGGAAUCUUGCCGUCUUGCUCUUCAAUUGGCUACGUCGGUCAACACGCUGCUCACUCAAGGGUUCUGUCGUCCUUCGGAACCGGCAGACGGCCAAGAACAAUCCGGCAAGCUUGAAAGCGGCACCGGCCUCGGUGAAGGUGAAGGCGCAGAGGAUAUCAGCAAAGAUGUCAGUGAGGAUGAAGACCUCACUGAGCUCGCUCAGUCCCGCGAAAAGGAAGAACAGGAUGGAGAAAUCGAGAACGCCGAAGAUGCUGUUGACAUGGGCAACGACGAUCUUGAGGGUGAGAUGGAAGACUAUGAUGAGCGAAAAUCUGAUGAGGAUGGUGAUGAUCGAUCUGAAGAUGAAGAAGGCAAUGAUAUCGAUGAAGAGACUGGAUCAGUGGAUGAUCUCGAUCCUACUGCGGUCGACGAGAAGAUGUGGGACGACAUGAAGAACGAGUCGGAAGACAAGGAACUGAAGAAUGAUAAAGCGAAGGGUGAGAAGUCAGAUGAUCAGACUGCAGCAGAUGGAGAGAAGGCAGACCAGGAAGACAUGGAAGGCCUUGAAGGGGAAGAACAGGUUGACGAGGAAGAUGGAGAGGAGGGCGAGGGAGCCGAAAGACCUGAGGCGGAGAAUAUGGACCCGCACACUGACAACCAAGAGGCUCUGGAUUUGCCUGAUGAGCUGCAGUUGGCUGGAGAAGAGGAGGCCAAGGAAGACGACAUUUCGGAUGAUGGGAUGGAUGAAUUGUCUGAUAUCGAGCAGCCGACUGAGGAAGUCGAAAAUGCUGAGUUGGAUGAUGAAAAGGUCGACAAGCCUUUUGAUCGGGAAGACGAGAAUGGCGACCUCGAAGAGCAAGAAGAAGCUGAAAACGGAAUUGCCCAGGACGAUGAAGUCAUGGAGGAUCAACCUGCUGAACAAGAGGAAGAUGAACAACUCGAUCAUGCUACUCGCGAAGAUGAUGCGGCACAAGAGCAAGACGAACAUGCUGGAGGUGAAACUGGUGCCGCCAACGCUCGCCAAGACACAGACAAACAGGAACAAAACACUGAAGGCAUGAACGAGGCUGAUCAGGAGCCCAAUCCUCAGCAAUCUCAACCUGGAAAAGCCUCCGACGAUCAAGAUCAAGGCGACAAUGGAAAAGGAGCUGCCGAGGUUGGUGCGGGUCGAAUGGAAACCAUUGAGCAUCAGCAGAACGAAGCGUUGAAGAAGCUUGCAGAUGUUCUGGAUCACUGGCAUAAUCGUCGCGAGAUACUACCAGCCUCAGAAGAGCAGCCUCAAGGAGAUCAAGAUCCAGAUGUGGACAUGGCGGAUGUCGAUUUCGAGCAUGUCCAAGAAGAAGACGAAGGGGACGCACAAGCUUUGGGUGCUGCUGCCGGCGAUCAGGCUCGCAAUCUCGACCAAAGCAAAGUGAUUGAGGACGACAAUAUGCCUGUCGAUGACGACAUAGAUAUCCUUGAUACUUUGGAGCCCGAGAUGCAAGAGAACCUAGCCGAGAGAUUCAAUCGUCUUCAAGCUCAAGCAAAGGCAGCAGGAGAAGCGAAAGAGAAUGGGGCCUUCAUACCACGCAAUCAACUCCAGAACAACCAACAUGCCAGCGAGAAACAAGACAUGGAUGCAGCUUCAGAUGACCUGUCUCCUGAUAUCGAGCUUUUGGAGCUGGAUCAACAAGACUCUGCUCCUACAUCUCCGCCAACAAGCAUGUCCGAUGCUGCUCAGCUGUGGAAUCAAUGCUCGGCCACGACACACCAAUUCUCGCUCAUACUGACCGAACAACUUCGUCUCAUUCUCUCUCCCACGACAGCGACCAAACUUCGCGGGGACUAUCGCACGGGCAAACGGCUUAACAUCAAACGCAUCAUUCCUUACAUCGCGUCGAACUACAAGCGGGACAAGAUUUGGAUGCGACGUUCUGUGCCCAGCAAGCGAAAUUACCAGAUCAUGAUAGCUGUGGACGACAGCAAAUCCAUGAGUGAGUCGGGCGCGGAUCUUCUUGCCUUCGAAACACUAGCCAUGCUCACCAAAGCACUGUCGAUGCUCGAGGUCGGCGAAAUCUGUGUCGUCGGAUUUGGUGAUGAAGAGCACAUCCGCGUGGCCCAUCCAUUCGGUACGCCCUUCUCGCCAGCCGAGUCCGGUGUGAAUGUGUUUCGCUCAUUCGGCUUCAAUCAACGAGGUACGAACGUGAAAAAUCUUGUCAGAGAAAGUAUCCAGCUCUUCAGCGACGCGCGACUCAAGGGCCACAGCUCGUCUGAAGAUCUCUGGCAAUUGCAACUCAUCGUUAGCGAUGGACACUGUUCGAACCAUGAGGGUAUUGCAAGACUCGUGCGGCAGGCACAGGCCGAGAAGAUCAUAAUCGUCUUUGUCAUUGUGGAUGCUGGGCAGGAUAGUAUUCUCGAUUUGCAGGAGGCUGUGUAUGAGCCGGAUCCGUUGGCGGUCAAUGCUGGGGAGAUGAGGUUGAGGACGAAACGGUAUCUGGAGGGGUUUCCAUUUCCGUAUUAUCUUGUCGUAAGGGAUGUGCGAGAUCUGCCCGGUGUGUUGGCGACGGCGCUGAAGGGGUGGUUCGGAAGCGUGGUCGAUGUGCAGUGAAUUGUCAUGGGAGAGGGAUAGGUGAAUCAACAUUUUGUUUAUUCUCCUGAAGAAAUACUACCUUUUGCAAGCUGUCUUAAAGGCUCGCAAAGUACAAGUGCUCCGUCAGCAUUUCGGGCAGCACGCUGUUCAAGGUC